GUGCCAGGACUUGGUGAGAUUGAGCAAGACCAGAGAUGCGCUCCUCUGGACCCAGCUGCGCACUGAUGGAGACGGGUUCUGGGAACUUUAGAUGAAGGAAGCGAAAGGGGGCGUGGGCGAGGAGAACCGACACACUGGCCUUUGGACCUUCUGGUCUGGCUCCCCUCUCCCGAAUGGUAAAAAUGAGGAAGUCGGGGGGCUUAAGAGGAGGGGACAGGGAGUAGAUACACCCCAGAGGAGGAGGAGAGCGGACCUGCCCCGUAUCCAGCCCCUUCCUCGCGCAAGCCUUCCGAUCCCUUCCCCACUCCAGUCGGGGAAACGGGAGAUUCCAGCUUAGAGCCUCGUGGGCUUUGGCACACAGACACCGGCAGGACUCUGGUCGCGUAGGUGACCCCCACUCGGGAUCUCCAGGAUUUCGUGUUUUCCAACUCUGGGCAUUGCUGCGCAAGGAGUUCCAGACGCAGCCCCAGUAGCCCCAGCGUUGGUCCAAGCAUGUCUAUGCAGUAUGAAAAGUUCCAGCACUCGGAGACAGAGAAGCAAAGCCAGGGGUCUAGAAACGGGCCGCCUCCGCCUCUCCACUACCUGCAGCGGCUCUGCUCUGGCCCCCGGCCCUUCCUGCUCUCCCUGGGCAUCAGCCUCCUCCUGCUGGUUGGCAUCUGUGUGAUCGGAUCCCAGAAUUCCAAGUGUCAGAGGGACCUGGUGACCCUGGGAGCCACUUUCAGCAACUUCACCUCAAGCACCGAGGCCGAGCUCCAGGCCCUGAACGCCCAGGGCGGCAGUUUGCAAGAAACGACAAGGUCUCUGAAAGCCGAGGUGGAAAAUCACAAGCGGGAGCUGCAAGCAGCCCGCAGCCUGAACGACAAGGUGUUCGCCCUGGAGAGCAAGCUGGAGAAGGACCAGCGGCAGCUGCAAGCAGAUCAUUCCGAUACCCUCGCUCGAGUCCAGCAGCUGGCCAAGGACCUGAGAACCCUGACCUGCCAGGUGGCCGCUCUCAAGAGCAACGGCUCUCAAAGUACCUGCUGCCCGGUCAACUGGCUGGAGUUCGAGGGCAGCUGCUACUGGUUCUCGCGCUCCGGGGAGACCUGGCCGGAGGCCGAGAAGCACUGCCGGCUGGAGAACGCGCACCUGGUGGUCGUCAACUCCAGGGAGGAGGAGAACUUUGUGCAGGAACAUAUAGGCUCCUUACACGUCUGGAUGGGCCUCAGUGAUGCCGAAGGAGCCUGGAAAUGGGUGGAUGGGACGGACUAUGCGACCAACUUCAAGAACUGGAGGCCGGGCCAGCCGGACGACUGGCAUGGGCACGGGCUGGGCGGGGGCGAGGACUGCGCGCACUUCCACCCCGACGGCUGGAACGAUGAUGUCUGCCAGAGACCCUACCGCUGGGUGUGCGAGGCCCGCCUGGGCGUGGCCGGCUAGCGCGGUGGCCGAGCGCUGCCCGCGGGCCACCCGGCCACCAAGCUGCAGGGAGUGGGAGGGGGCCUUCCCCUGAGACCCCCCGAUAGGACCCCGUGGGACAGGACUGAGCCCUGGGAGUUUGGGUCACUGCCACCAUUUUGAAUGUUACCCUCCUUGGUGUUCAAAAGACCAUCUAGACUUCCUUCAGGUAUUUGUGCGUUUGUUUUCAUUUCAGCUUUACUGAGGUAUAAUCGACCCACCAAAUUGCAAGGUGUUUGAGGUGUGCAUCGUUGCGAUUUGAUAUUUGUAUACACUGUGAAAGGGUCCCCCGUGUGGUUAAUCCCCUCGUGGAUCCAUCGUGCGCGUGUGUGUGUGUGUGUGUGUGUGCGCGCGUGCGAGAACACGCGAAUCCUACUCUCUCGGUAAAUCCCAAUUAUACGAUAGCGUUCACGACUAGCGACCGUGAGAUCCUGAGACCUUAGUCAUCUCGUAGCUACAACUUUGUACCCUUUACCCAACCUCUCCCUACCAACCACCCCACUCCCCAGCCCCACCAGCCUACUCUCUGUUUCUAUGAAUUUGACCUUCUCUUUUUGUUUUUUGAUUCCACAUAUAAACGGUACCAUGC